AGCGCGUAGACACGAGAACCCUGAGCGCCCCGCGUGCCCUCCUGCUCCAUCCGUGCGUGGUUGCGAGUAGCAGCCGCGCAGGCGCUCGCUCGCUGGCUCCCCGGCUGGCCCGCGGGCAGUUCGCAACCCGAGCGAGGUCUUCCUGAGCGAGGCAGCCACGCGAGGUGAACCGGCGCCGCGGCCGCUCCUGCCCCCGGCUCUUCCUCAGCGGUCGGGGACAUCUCGCGGGCCGGGUGUCUAGGAUGCCAGGGGCUCCAGCCCCCCGUCCCAGUCACGGAAAGAAAGCACAAAUAGCUAGAGCUAGUCUAACGAAAACCGGAACGCUUUCUCGAACCUUAAGUAACGAGGGGGCGGGAGCCACGUUAACGCCCGGUCCGCCCGCUUUGGCACCCGCGAGGAUGCGGAGGAAGAGAAGGGCGCGCAGAGGCAGGCGUGAAAGACGCGUUGGCUCUCGGAGGCGUGGGGUGCAGGGAGGGAGGACCGCUGACGCCGGGAGCCGACGCAGGACGGGCAGAGAGACCCUACAGGGAGCAGAGAAUGAUACUCGGAAAGAUUUUUCCCAGUCUAAGGGGAGAUGGGGGAGGUCCACUACUUCCACUGUUCCCAGCGCAGGUUUAGAAGACAGCCAAAGCCCUGCUGGAAAGCAAGUAAGAUUGUAUUUCUCUCUUUCUCCUCCAUUUAUAAUCCCUAAAUUUCUAUUUAUUUUUAUUAAUAACUGGAAUAAGAAGGUCACUGCUCCUACCCAUCCCAUUUUGCAAACUUGCAAUGCUUCAGAUUGUAUUUGUCUGAAGUCUUCAGUGGUAUGGUUAUACAGCCCAGAAGAGAGGACUGAGGAGAUGAAAUGGCCUGGAAGCAAAAGAAAAGGAAGAUGAAUACAUCUUCUUGUUAAAGUGCUAAAAAUUAGAAUCUGAGAACCUGGCCUUUCCAUGUUAAUUCUUUAAUUAAAUAUUAUUAAUUACUUUGCAUACCUGUGUUGGAAUUUUGAAGGUAGGAGUAGUUUUCCUUAGAGUUUAUAUUAUGGGAAAGACAACAAUCCCAUCAAGGAUAUGAUUUUUUGGCUUAUUUUUAAUAAUUUAUAUUUGCGAUUAUUUCUCUGUGGUAGAAUGGUAUUUUCUGUACAUUGCAGGCACAGACACGCACGCACACACGUGCACAUACACAUAACACACACAUACACAUAAACACACUCCCUGUCUUUAUCUGUUGCAUGAUGUCCAGUUGCAAAUGACUGAGUUUAUCACUUUGAACCAGAAAAAUUUCAGAUAACAGGACAAUUCCAAUAAUGAUUACCCAAAAAAGAAGCUACUCUAUUUUUCUGUGUCUGUCCCAGUCAGCUUUGCUUUCCUUCUUACUUAAUACCUCAGAUCCUGAAUAUCUGCACCAUAAAAUGUGGGGGAUUUAAAGGCUGUGGGAGGCUCCCUUUGAAAAGGACUCCAGAGACUGCCUUUCUAAUCCAGGAUACUUGAGCCGGAUGGGAUGAGAUUGCAAAAGGGAUGUAAAAAAAAAGCAAUUUAGUGAACAACUUCAGGGAAAUAAACAUGAAGAAAGACAUUUACUUUUCACUCUGUAUUGUGCAGACAUACGUUAGUUUGGAUGAGAAUAGAAAUGACAGUGUAAAUAAAUAAACAAGCAGAGCCAGAAGCUGCAGGUCUUGAUCCAUCCCAGGAAAGAAGUACUAGAUGCAAUAUGCAGGAAAAGCUUGUCAAGGAAUAAGCACGGUUCUGAGGAAACAUAAGGAAAACAUUAAACAAAUGAAGAGUGUAUUCUUUCUCUCUUGACGCUAUGCUUUAGAAUAACUUUUUCCUGAUCCAUGUAACCAUACUAUUAAAUGUGUGUUUACUUGCUUGGCUGAAUUGCCCAUCCCCUCAACUGUUCUAGCAGCUUAAGAAAAGCAUGCCAUGGCCUACUUUUUUGCAACAUAGGACCUUUUUAAAUUUUUAAUCAAUAAAACAACACUUAUAGAAGCCUGUGCCUGCCAGAGGAUUAUGGGGCCCAAGCCUAAAGCAAGUUAAAAACCAUAGGCUCAGCAUAGAAGUCAACAUUUGCUUGUUGUUUUUCCCCAGAAAACGUGAAAAUCCCAGGGAGUUUGAAUAACCAGGAACUUAAAGUCAGGCCUGGAGAAUAGAAUACUUUUGGAUAAAGAUGGGGGCUUAAACACAUCCAGACUAGUUACUACAACUUCUCAUCUCCCCUUUACCACCUCCCCCACCAGGCAGUGACAAGAAGUUAUUUUUGUCCAUUGCAGGAGUGGCACUUUAAGGAAAGAAAAUGAUUGUCAUAUUGUUGAAUCCAUACUCAAAUAUGCGAAAGGGGGUGUGCUCCAGAAAGAGAGAGCAAGCCCAGUCGUUUGGAAUGGGAUAUAACUAGCAGUGAUGAGAGAUCUUUGGCAAAGUUCAGGCUGACAUCAGUCAUUAUACCACAGAGCUAACAUGCAGAUCCUGAAAAUGCUCAACUCUCUAGUUACUCAGAUGUGGAGGCAUCUGAGUAAGUCAAAUAGGGUAUUGCUGGCUGGGUCUGUGCAACUGACGCAGCUAGAAGUCAUCCUUGAAACAUAGAGCAGACAGCAGUAUUUAAAAGCCAUUGAAAUUAGCAGAUGAAGGACAGCUACUAUUUUUAGAGUGAGAAAUAUAGGAGAUAGAAUUAUUACAGCAAUUGAAAAAAUGAUUAAAUGGUUAUAUAGCAUUAAGAAAAUGAGAAAGUCAAGACCCAUGAUGGAUUACUUUCUGUCAACAAGAAGGAAUGUUCUUCCUCCCAGAUGAAGUUAUGGGACACUUAGAAAAUUGUGGUGAGCACUGUCUGGUGUGCCUGUUUUUAAAAACUUCUUUUUUUCACAAACUAAUUUCUGGGCUCAUUUAAAACUGAGUUUCUGCUAGUAUUUAAUGUAAAGAAUUUAAUACCUCAGAAAUUUUUGAUUAUAGAGCUUUAGUAUAAAGAGGCUAUAUGUUGUGGUAAGAAGAUUGACUGGCAAUCUAGGGAUCAAGGUUAAGUUCUUGAUCUGUAUUUAUCAUUG